UUGUGAUUAUUGAUUCGUGUUUUUAAUUUCCAUAUAAAUUGUUAAUAUAAAGUAUAAACCUCAGUGUAAUAGAGAACUUUCUGUAAUGUGAAUUGAGAAAAAUCUUUUGUUUUUAUUUCAAGCAAAAAUACCAUAAUCGCAAAUGCGUACCUAUUGCACUAUCGUAAAUAAGAGCGAAAACGUAUUUGUUUUUGAUUAUUUUAUAUAAUCGAGGAUAAUAUUUAAUGUACAAGUUUGCAACCUACCAAAAUGAUUAUGAAAAGAAGUUUACUAGAAAACAUUACUUUGAUAUCAUGUAGUUCUACAGUAAUUUGUGCAAUAUUUAAUUCUGUUACAAAUUCAUCAUUUAUAACCGGCUGGUGGUUUAUCGGUUACGCUCUAAUUGUAUUUAUUAUUUCUUUAGUACUGAGUUUUAAACUUAUUCAGUACUUAUUGCAUUUAAACAAACCAAUAUCAUUUGACAUUAAAUUGCUUAACAAAUAUACCUUUGUUCGAUCCAUUCAGGAUUUUCUUCCUCAAAUACAUAAUAAACAAGAAAUAGAAUGCAAGGAGUAUGAUACCAAUGAACUGAGUGUUAUCACAACAGUAUUGGAGAAGAAACUGGUGUCAUCAUGGUACAUAUACUAUAUAUCAAAGGAAAUAAGUUUUCCAUUUGCUUGUAAGCAAUUGUUGGACCAGAUAAUAAGCAAAGCUUUUCAGAUUUGCAACCAUAUAGAAACAAAAGAAGUGUAUGUGCAUUUGUGUGGAAUUUUAAUAAGCCAUUUAAAGGAAUACAAAAAGGCAAUUAAAAGACAUGAAAAAGCAAAUACACUACCCAUUGAAUCAUUGUACAAAAAGUCACAUGUAACAGCUACUAAUCAAAACCAAAAGACUGCUACUUCUGAUCAUUGUGUUAAAAUAAUUUGGAUUAUAAUGAAAGAAUUAGUACCAUGGGAGCUAUGGGAUACACCACAUUCUGAGUUGCUUGUCAGGAUAUUAGCAAAGAAGCUGGAUAUAUUUAUCAAAACUACAAUAUCUGAUCCUGUGUGGCUCAAUGAUAGGUUAGUUGCAGUGUUAACAGAAGAAGCCGAAAAACCUGCAGAAGAACAUAAAGCUCCAGAAAAUAUAGAUAUUGAUGAAAAGAUGGAAAAUAAUGCACGGGUUGGUAAUGAAGUAGAAGUUAAUAAUGCAGAAAUAAAGAAUGAAUCUAAAAUGACUGAUGAAAUAAAACUAAGUGAUUCUGAAACAAAACAGGAUAAAGAUGACUGUAUUGAAGCCACUGAAAUUACACCUGGUGAAUCUACUGACGACAAACCUGUGUUGAGGCAGAGAAGGGGCCGACAAGGCAAAAGUGAAGUAAAAAUAUAUGAUAGAGUUAUUGAAGGUAGUGUGAAAACGUGGGAGACUGACAUGGACCUCCAAUGCAUUAGCAUGGGGCAGGAUCUCCUUGCUAGCUUAGAUGGCCUGACUCUGAGUAGACUUUGGGGUCAAGAGGACACUGAACAGAGUCCAAACCAACGAAGGCAUUCGCCACAGCCUUUGUGGUUUGGAGAAGAAGACACAAUAGAUGAGGAUUCAUUAGAACCAACGAAGGAAAAGAGAGAGACGAGUCCGAAAGCAACUGAUUUAUUGCUGAAGGAUAUUCAGAGCACAGUGAAUCAGGCCAAAACGAAAAUUGGAGAUCUGCAGGUCCCUUUGAGCUUAGAUGUGACGCGCAAGCUUUCCAGUGACGAGGCGGCUGGAAUGAUGGAAGGUCUCUUUGACAAAGGAAUCGCCGGUAUCAAGAAGGGCCUCCGAUUUACUGGUCUCAGUGACGAAUCACAGGAGAAGUAUUUCCCCCAUAAUGAGAAAUCGGGAGACAGGAUGUCACCAGAUGCGAUCAAAUCGCGAAGAACGAACAUGGUAGCCGAUUACCGACAAACUACCCCUGCAUCUGAUGGAAAUUCGGCGCCCAUUUUGAUAAAACAACAGCGAGUGACGUCUCAAGAUAGUAUGGCACACGGACAAGUCAAGCCGAAACUAGAAAACAUGCCGUUCAGUUUGUCGGACUCUCCAGAACCUCAGUAUGAAGAAACUGCAGAUCUUUCACAUACGAUCGCUAAACUAAGGUCUUUGUUGAAUGAAGCAACUGCGACGCCAAGGGGCGAAGAAGUUUGGUGGGAGAGUGCAGAAGAGACUCGAGGUAGAACGCAGCGGCAUCACACUGAAAGACAGGUGGACACUGCAUCUCUUGCUGAUGAAUAUGAUAUGACUUUGGAAAGGAAUGCCCCGGCAUCUCCUGAACACAUAAACAAUAUGCAACGUCUUGACAAAUUAUUCCAGCGCACGGUGACGGGAGUUUUCAACACAAUCCGCGGGGCAGUGGGAGCUGAGGGGGAGGAGGGCGGCCCGGUGGAGAACUCGGGUGGGGCUGAGUGCUGGAGCUACGUGUGCACCUCGCUUGAGUGUACUGUGGGGGGGGCAGUGUCACGUCUAGUGGGGUCGCGACGGGCAGUGUCACACGUGGAUGCAGCACUUGACUCCCUGCACCAGCUACCCUCGGGCCCCCGGCUCAACACGCUGCCUGCACCGCUACAAGCUCACCCCGAUGACUUUGAGGAGUGGUGCAUGAGUGAGGGUCGUGCGUGGUGCGGCUUGUGGGAGACGCUCGGAGAGAUGGGACUGUCCCGCUCGCACCUUGCUACUCGCAUAGUCACUUUAUUAUUCGCCGAUGUAGCGGAAAAACUACUAGAUUCCUGGCUGCGGGAAUUCACGGCGUGGCUAAGGAAACAAGUGUUUGAGGUGUUUGAGAAAAUGUCGGAAGACGAGAGCGAAUGUUACGUGACAAACGCAGUCAUGAGAGAAAUGGAUAUAGAUGAGACAUGUCGACUUGUUAUAGAGAAGUUACCUGGUGCAUUAGUAUUCGGCGAGGAGACGGUGAAGAAUGCAGUGCAUCUAUUGGUGUCGAGCUUCAGUCACUCCCAGCUUAACCAAGAUCUGGCAUUGCGAAUCCUCGAUCUUAUGACGUCACACUAUGUGCGGGCCGCCGCUAUUCGGAACCCGUCCUAUGAUAACAAUUAAUUAUAUCGUCGCCGUUGAAAAUCUCAGCCGUAGAUAGUUUCAAUAGAAAGUCCAAAAGUGCAAAAGUGCUCUAGUUUGAAAAGGAAAAAAAAUUACGUCUCUCUAUAUUUCGCACAAUUCUAGUAAAAUAAGACUUCCCUGAAAAAGGCGUACAAUACUAGUGAUAGUAGUACCUUACCUAAAUUGCGUGCGUACAAAGUACACAUGUCAGUAGUGAAAGCUGCAUUGUGCAUGAACCUCUAGACUGCACAUGAAGUCCUGGUACAUGUUGCUAGGAUGAAACAUGAUUUCUACCGCUAUGAAAGACAUUACUAUCACCGCUACCAUAUUUAUGUUCUCCCGGUGUCUGUGUAGUAAUACAUCGUGCGCAUGACGAAUAUAUUAAGGUAUUCUCGCGUCAUACAUAAGACAAUCUCUUCUUCAACUAUGAUUGCCUGGUACCAAAACACUACAUAAUGCGUCCUAUCUCAUUCUCUUCCACGUUAAAUCUUAUGAAUUUAUGUCUCUGUCUCUUUUUACUGUCUGGCUUUUUCGUUUCAUCGGCUUUAAAAUCACAACGAUACUAAGAAAGCUUUCACUUCAAAAAUAAGUCGCUCUUGAAAAAUUCGUAAAAGUCUAGUGAUAAUAAUGUUAACAAUAUGACGCCAAGGAAAUAAUCGCACUACUUAAGAAUUGGAAGAAUAAAAAUUAAGACAACCCAGCAUCAUUUUUUUUAUGGAAUAGGUGGACAUACGACCGUACGGGUCACCUGGUGUUAAGUGAUCACCGCCGCCCACAUUCUCUUGCAACACCAGAGGAAUCACAAGAGCGUUGCCGGCCUUUAAGGAAGGUGUACGCGCUUUUUUUGAAAGUACCCAUGUCGUAUCGUCCCGGAAACACCGCACCGCGGUUCCUUAAGUUUAUUACAAAGGUUUUGUGUUAGAUCGGUUUUUUCCAUCCGCGGCAUUAGUAACGCUUAUAAUAUAAUAUAAUAAUCAAGGCUUAUAGAACAACUCCAAUAUCGAGUCCCCCCCUGAAAACUAGAUCUGGAAGGACCUUGAAACGUCAGGUUAACUAAAAUAAUAAUACUUAAUAAUUUAACGUUUAAGCAAAAUCUCAUUGUUACAACGUUACAACUGAAAAGAACUCCAAUAUCGCUUAGAACCAGAAUAAUAGUCUUGGGAGGAACCAGAUACUUUCAACUUCUAAAUAGUUCCAAACUUAGGUUCAAAAUAUCUCCUUUAGAGUUCAAAUUCCGAAGCAUGCUUCAACAAUAUUUUAUCUCACUUUUCUAUCAUCAUAUCAUAUAUAAACAUGAGUGGCGGCUUUUAUUAGGUAAAUGUUACGUCUGGAUAGUCUUAAUAUAUCUAAUAAUUAGGUCUCAUACUUGUGAAAAACAUUCACAAAUAUCUCUCCACUUCACACUCGUUAGUGAGGCCAUAAAUAUAUUCCAAUGAGUACCAACAAAAAAUGGUAGAUAAUGUUAUUAUUUAAAUAACUCCACGAGUACUAUAUUAUUGUUGUAGUCAUUAUUCUAUAUUAAAUUUUAUAUUUUUAGUUAUAAUUAUAUAAUUAUGUUAUAUAAUACCAAUUAUAAUAUUAGGUAUAGAAUAUCAUGCAAUUUCGGCUAUCUCCGUUUUUUACAAGAUUACCUAUAGUCGUCAUCUGUCAAUCUAUCGAUGACUGCACGUUUCAUACAAUCGAGUGAAUCGUUUUUUUCUUAGACAGUUUCACUUGGCUGCACUGCCCAUUCAUAUUUCUUACAUUUUUUUAAAUUUAUUUAAUGGCAAAAUUUCUAGGUCUAAAAAAAUCUAGCAUUCCCAUGACCUUGUAGAUAAUAAAAGUUUUAAAUUUUUUCCAAUGUGAAUUGGCAAAGAUAAUGUAAAUACUACGUAAUAAGAGGCGGAACUGCCUAAGUAAAAAUUGAAGUUUAGUUUAGUAUGAAAUGUGCAGUCAUCUGAUAUAUAUUUGAAAUAGUAGUAAUUACAGUAUGGCGAUUGGCCACUAAUUCCUUUUUUUACAAGAUUAUAAUAACCGCCAUUUGUCAAUGACUACAUACAUCGAUCGAGUGAAUCGCGAGUUUCGCUAGCAUUGGCACUAUGCCAUUAAAUCAAUCUUAUUAUUAUAAAAAGUUAGUUUUUAAGUUUCGUUUGUAAAUUAUAUUAUUACAAUUUCGUUAUGUAUUUAUUUUAGAAUUUAUUUAGAAUUUAGGAAAUAGCAAGCCUUCGAAAUCUAAAUUCUCUUAAAAUUACAUCAACUGUGCUCAAUAACUGUAUGGAAGUCGGAUUAAUAGAACUCACUAUGUAUGUACCUACUGAUUUUUCCAGAUCUGACUAAAUAAGAUAAAAUAUAUGUUAAGUUAUUAUAUUUGUUUAUGUACAUACCUAGACACUCAACUUCUAGUCUUCUUUGUAAGUUAUUUAAUAUAAUUGCAAUGUUUACAUGUGAAAUACACAUAAUAUAAAUGAUAUGUAUCAA